UGGUUUCAUCUGACCCGCGGAAUCCAUUUAGUCGUCGCCGUCUCGCUGUUUGUUUGGGUUGUUUUAGAGAGAGGACCUGAGCUCGCCAGAGGUCCAGCGAUCUCCCCGCCACUACCACCGCCAGGUUUAACAGAAGGAGGAGGAUAGGAGGAAGAAGAUGGGGAGGAAGGGGAAAUGGUAUAUUUCCAUCAAGAAAAUUUUCACCGCUGAAUCCAAAGUAAAGAAAGACAAGAAGUUCAAACGGAAGAGGAUUUGGAGAUGUGGGAAAUUCGCGGAUUCUGAUCGGUUCGACUCUGGCUCCUUCGACAAUUCUGCUCGGGCGGCACUUCCGCCACCUCCUCCUCCGCCACCCGUGGAGGCUAGACGGCCGGACGGGGAGGAUGGACAGAACAAUCAUGCCUACUCUGUGGCGGUGGCAUCUGCUGUUGCGGCGGAGGCUGCCGUCGUGGCAGCUCAAGCUGCUGCGGAGGUUGCUCGCCUCACUGCGUCAUCAAGGAUUGCUGGUCGUUCAAGGGAAGAGACUGCGGCGAUAAAGAUUCAGACUGCUGUCCGAGGGUACAUGGCAAGGAGAAGAUUGCGAGCCUUGAGAGGAUUCGUUAGAUUGAAGUCAAUGGUUGAAGGAAAUGCUGUCAAGCGUCGAACCACGAACACUUUAUAUCGCAUGCAGACAUGGGCAAGAGUGCAAUCACAGAUCCGUUCAAGGAGAAUCAGAAUGAUAGAGGAAAAUCUGGCUCUUCAGAGGCAGCUGCAACUCAAACGUGAAAAGGAACUUGAAAGAUCAAAGUUGGGAGAGGAAUGGGAUGACAGUCUUCAGUCCAAAGAGCAACUUGAAGCAAGUUUAUUAAACAAGCAAGAAGCUGCUAUCAGAAGAGAAAGGACACUUGCUUAUGCAUAUUCUCAUCAGUGGAAGAGCUCAUCACGAUCGGUGGCUCCAACAUUCACAGACCCCCACAAUCCGCAGUGGGGCUGGAGCUGGUUGGAGCGCCGGAUGGCAGCGAGGCCAUGGGAGAACCGCGGCACGUCGGAAAAAGAUCUGAACGACCAUGCCUCAGCGAAGAGUGCCGGCCGCAGCAUCGCAGGGGAUUUAAACAGCGCCCAUGGUCCUCGAAACAGCGUCUUGGAGCGAAGCCCGCCCCCACCGCGGAAACCAAGCCGCUCCGCCAGCCGCCAGCCGCCCUCAACUCCCCCAUCCAAGGCAUCGUCAGCGGCAGGGAAGUUGAAAUCGGUGAGCCCAAAGAAUGGCUGGCGACACAUAGAGGAUGACUCGAGGAGCACGCACAGUUCGCACUCAGAGCGGGCACCCAGAAGGCAGAGUGUUCCGGGGCCAUCAACAAGAGACGACGCGAGCCUGGUAAGUACUCCAGCCGUUCCUAGCUACAUGGCAUCCACAGAAUCGGCGAGGGCAAAAUCCCGUUUCCAGAGCCCAUCAGCAUUGAGUGAUAGCGUCGAGACAUCAGAGAAGCGAUCCACGAGUUCGGCAAUGAAGCGCUUGUCUUUCGCAGAGACAGAUAAGCAUGGUGUGUCGUCCCCAGGAGCUGCGAGACGCCACUCCGGUCCUCCGAAGGUGAACAUUGCCCCAUUGAAGGAUGUAGGUGUUGGCUCCGAGCAGGAUAUGAGCAAUGGAGCAACCAGGUAGCCUGUUCAACCAGCACGCAUACGGGAAGGCAUGGAGGAGACUACUGGUACAGCCAGUUUACUCAUUACACCAUUAAUUUAAUUAGUGUGGGUCUGUUCUUCGGUGAGAGCCUACUUUGAAAGGGUUGGGUUCAUGGGUUGUAGCUAUGAACUUCGUUUCCAGCCUUUGCUUCUUUGGGUUUGUUUUGUGUGUGUUUCUGGACAAACGAGGAGUGAUUGGCGUUUGAUCACAGGAUGUGCAAGGUUGUGAGGUGCCUUGUUUGACAUUGGUUGUUGAACGAAUAAGUGCCUUAGAUUUACGGACAGGAGAUGUUUGUUAUUAUAUGUAUCCCUUAGAUUUCUCAAUGGUUUGUAAGAGAUGGUAGUAUGAAGCAACAGUGCAUUAUAUUAAGUUAAUAGUAUUUAGCUAGUCA